CUGAUGAAGACAGAGUCUCUACCCCCCAACCAGCAGUAUGUCCCCUUCGGAGGCAAACGCCUCUGUGCCCUGAAGGGAGCCAGGCCUGCCAUGAACAGAGCAGCGUCAGACCCGGCGAGGACCCUGGGCCGGAGGAAACUGGUGAGGAACCGUUUCACUAUCGACACAGACAUCGUCUUCGACGGCGAGCCGGACCAGGAGUCCCCUCUGUCUCCACUGUCUUCCGAAGAGCCUGAUGGACAGGGACAAAGGGAAGGACAGGGAAAGGAACGGGGGGAGGUGCAGGCAGGGGAUACAGACCGCUGGGUGGAGGAGCAGAUUGACCUGGAGUGCUACGAGGCGCAGCAGGAGAAGGAGGUGAAAGGAGGAGGAAACGUGAAAGAAAUGGAGAUCCUUAGUGGUGAUGAUGAUUUCUGCCUGUCUGUCAGAGGACCCUCCACUGAUUCACUGUCCAACACAGACCUAGAUGGGCCUAUCGGGGCCCUGUCCCUGGGAGAGGAAGGCCAAGAGAGGGCUCUAAACACCCCAGCCCCAGGGAGCCAUGGGGACCACCACCCCAGGGAUGAGACUUUCCCGCCUGGGAAGCAGCGUGGCCUAGCUGGGAUGAGUGUGGAUGACCAAGGGGCUGGGGAGGAAGGUGAGGACAUCUGGCUACGCAGGAGAACUGUCCCCGGACUCAGGGGUCAGACACUACAGAGCUAG